CGUCCUCCAUGUUGAGUCCAGGGCCAGUGGGUGCAGGCUGCCACACGUAACCCCAUGUGUGCUCCAGUUUCGUCAACUCGGAGGUCGCAGUCCGCCUCUGCCGGAGCUGGUACAGUCACUGCGGAAGGGUGGGAAGGCUUCCCCCGCUACAGUGACAGCGAGUGCACCGGUCGGUGAGUGCAUUCAUGACCAUCCCGACGGCGUCGCUCUCUUGCUUACCUUCCCGCCGCCGCCAACGCAACGCCCAGCCUUGUUUGCCCGCUGAACGUUUCAUACCGCGAACGCGCCGCCGAACGUUUCAUACCGACAUAUCCGUGCCCUGUCUUCAAACACCAUCGUCCUGCCGGUCCACCUCGAGUCCCCGUCCAAACUGCGCCUGUCCAUAUCUCGUCUCCGUGGUGGUGUUUGCUUCGUCUGUCGUGCCCCGCCCCAUAUCCUCGUUCGCCUUCCGGGACGACACUGAUCUUGCGGAGCGAGCUCUCGGUGAUCUGGAUACACUCCGCCUCUUUGGCCGGGGCUUCUCUGGUGAAUGGUUAGCUGCACGCGCGCAGUCCGACCCAGGGACUGGCCACCGCGACUCUUGCCCUUGGAGGAAACAACGGUUUCCUCGCAGUGUUCAUUACAGAGAAACACGACCGCGCCGCCGAUCACCGGGUGGAAGCAUACGCCCGACCUGCAAGGUGCUGCCCAACCCAUCUCGCCACAGAGCUCCUUGUGCACUCGACGACCGGCGCAGCUCUUCUUUGCGCGCAUCUUGUCAACCUAGGGACGGUGAAGCGAUGCAUGACAUCACGACACGUUCUCGGGUGUGGUCUGUCGCAUUCUCGAUGGCCCGAGGUCGCUGCUCUCGACGGGGAGUGAGGCGGACAGACGGGCCGGGCCGGUGAUUGGUGAGAGGAAGAACAUGUUGUCACCCACGGAGGAUCGCUGGCACAGUGGACCACUCCCGCUUCUCAAGAUCCGACAAAGCACCUCGCCCUGUCGAUCUGAAGCCUUUUAAAAACCUGCGCCGUCCUCUCUUUC